CUGUGGUUCGCUUGUGAGUUGUGACAUUUCAUGUAUUACACUGUAGUCUGUAAUGACAUUAUAAAUUUUAUUAUACACAUUAUAAUAAAAUAAUUGUAAACACGGAAAUUUUUUUAGAAGUUAUAACUUAUUACCUACACUAAAUUUUUGAAUUAAAGUAUUAAAACUGCAAUUAAACUCUUACUUUGGCGAAUUAUUUUCUAAAUAAAUAUCAGGCUUUUUAUACAUUAAUUCCUAUACAACUUUAGUCUUAUUGGUUAUUAUUAUGAAUAUUCACUUUAACGAAUAGCUAAUCACUAUAUGAAUAUGAUUCGUAAUUGCUUUUUGCGCUGUGUAUUGGAUUCGCAUGCGCCUAUAUCUUUGCCACAUAAACUAGAGACAGUAGUGGGACGCAGCAAAAUAACUAAGAUAAAAGAUCAGGCUUGCUCUCGGCAACAGCUUAGUCUUACGGCGGAUUGUGACCAAUGUUUGGUUGAAGUGAAGCAAAUAGGAAUAAAUCCGUCAGGUUUAGACGGUUUCGCAUUGAAGAAGGAUGGCGUUUAUAAAAUAAAACAUGGAAGUAAAUUAGAAAUAUUGUUAAACCAGUAUAUUCAUGUAAUUGAAUUUGAUCCACCUCCAGACGAUUAUGAAAAACCAAAAUUAGGUAUAAAACGUAAAUCGAGCGAGACUCCGGACCACAAACGAAAGCUUAUAAAAACAGAGAUAGAUAUGGAUGUAAAAGAAUGUACAGAAAGCUAUUGGGAAGAUAUUGACAAAGGUGAGGUUUAUAUCUAUACAGCAAAAGGUGUGAAAUCAAGUAGGAAAAUAGCUGCAUUUGAUAUGGAUGGAACAUUAAUCAAAACAAAGUCUGGCAAAGUACAUCCAGUAGAUACAAAUGACUGGCAGAUCAUUUUUCCCUGUGUGCCACACAAAUUGGCGGAAAAACACAAGGAUGGUUACAAAAUUGUACUGUUAAGUAAUCAAUCACCCAUCGGUAGUGGAAGAGUGAAAAUAGAGGAUUUUAAAAAAAAGAUUGAGGGUGUGGUUGCAAAAUUGGAUGUACCUGCACAAGUUUACAUAGCUACAGGAAAGGGAUUUUUUAGAAAACCAGCUACUGGCAUGUGGGAUGUUCUUGCAGAGCAGAAAAAUGAUAGUGUACCAAUUGAUAUGCAAGCCAGUUUUUACUGUGGUGACGCAGCUGGGCGAAAUGCAAACUGGGCUCCAGGAAAGAAGAAAGAUCACUCCAUGGCUGAUAUUCUUCUAGCAGAAAACCUUGGCCUCAAGUUCUUUACACCUGAACAAUUCUUCUUAGGUCACUCCAUUUCUAAUGUGCCUAUGAGUAGGCCGGAAUUCAUUCCAAAAGAUGUAAAAUCCGAACCAUUUAAUGAACAAUUAAUUAGCUCAGAACAAGAGCUUCUUGUGAUGGUGGGUUACCCAGGCAGCGGAAAGUCAUUUGUGGCCAAACAAAUUGAGAAGAAAUCAAACAACAAGUAUGUGACUGUUUGUAGAGAUGUCCUAGGUUCCUGGCAGAAAUGUUCUGCAGAAGCAGCAAAGUAUUUACAGCAAGGCAAAAGUGUGAUAGUAGACAGUACAAAUCCCGACUUGGAAUCGCGAAGUCGCUGGACAUCGCUCGCUAAAGAGAAACGGGUCCAAUGUCGGUGCGCCAAAAUGACAACUAGCAAGGCGCAUGCGCUACAUAACAACAAAUUUAGAGAAAUAUUGAAAACCAAACAUUUGCCCGUUAAUGAUAUUGUUUUCAAUACUUUCAAAAGCAAAUUUGUUGAACCGACAGUAAGUGAGGGCUUCAAAGAAGUAAUAGAUGUGAAAUUUAAUCCUACUUUCGAAGACGCGGCGGCUGAAAAACUAUAUAAAAUGUUUUUGUUAGAAAAAUAAAAUAAUUUAUUAUGAAUUGAGAAAUAAAAGACAAUUUUAUA